CGGGACAGACAGAAAGUAAAAUGGUGUAGUAGAAAGAUCAGAAACUAGUUUUAAACAUGAUAGGGAAAGUCUACUUGUUUGCGGUUACAUCUUACUUAGUCACGAGGAAUAUGAAUUUAUUCAAAUGAAUCAUUUCCUACUAAACUUAUCUUAAUAAUUUUAUUUUGCCGUAUCUACAAAAUAAGAAUAUUAUGAAUAUAUUAAAAAGAUUGUAUAUAUCUUGUUCCCGAUAUUGUUGCUCUUCUCGACAACCGUGACAAUUUUGAAUAUUUGUUCGGCAAAGUUUUCGUUUAUGAAAUAGUGAAACGAAGGAUAUUGGUUAAAUACGAGUUAUUAUUUAAUUGUGCACGUCCGAUGGAAUGCGUGCGAAAGCAGCAUUACGUUUACGUCUGACGCAAAAUGCUGGUGAUAUUUGUGAAACAAAUAUGUAAUUCUAACCACGGGACCAACGUGAAGUUACAUUCGCACGCAUUAAAAAAUACAGCCUUCGCUAUUUUACUAAUGGAAUUUGGCAAUUCGAAGAUUGACGAAAUGUAAUAUGAUGAAAAUGUGACGUCAUCUGUAAAUUCUGUUGUAUAAAAAUCAUUAAAAUACUUUAUUUUGCGAGAAUUAAAAUCGAAACAUGAGUGUGGCAUUAAUAAAUGACGAUAAUUUGGAGGAGAUUUAUACCUGGGUCGAGCAAAUGACGUUUUCGAAACCGAAGAAAAAUCUUGCUCGAGAUUUCUCGGACGCAGUUUUUAUGGCGGAAUUAUUAAAAAAAUAUUAUCCUAGACACGUCGAUAUACAUAAUUAUAUAUCUGGAAAUAGCACUGCCAAAAAAAUAGAAAAUUGGUGUACGCUAAACCGUAAGGUUUUGUCGAAACUUAAUAUGAAAUUAAAAAAAGAUGUGAUCGCUGACUUAGCUAAUGCAACGCCGGGAGUUAUCGAAAAAGUUUUGAGUGAUUUGAGGAUUAAGAUUUUAAGAGACUGUAAUGCGGAUAGAGCUGAUCUGUAUUCUAAGUAUGAGGAUACCGAGAAAGGAGAGAUUGUUAAAUCAGUACUCGAUCUCGAAGAAGUAGCAAACAAAACUGUUCCACGUCAUGUGUUUGUUCGGCUAAAACAAGAAUUAGAAGAAAAAAAUGAUAUCAUCAACGCCCUUCAACAAAAAGUAAAUCAUCUCGAAUCUUUGAUGAAGUUCAAAGACCAAAGGAUCACAGACCUCUCUGUACAAAUAUCAAAAGCAGCAGAGCAUCCUACUUCACCAAGAUCUGACAAUUUAACCGUUAGCAAUAAUUCAAUCCCAAAACUACGAGCUAAAACAUAAUCGAUCAAGUAAUUUAGAACUUUGUAAAAUAAUACAGUACAAACAGUUUUACCAUUUUA